AAAAAGGGAGGCGGCAGUAGUGUGCACACUACUGUUAGACCAAGGCAAAGCCAAAAGCCUUCCUGCUCGCUCAAGCUUGCUGAAAAGAGGAGUGUGCUUGGCUCUUGCUUCGUCCGGGAGAGAUGAGGAAGGAGAUGAUCAUCAGGCUGCAGACGAGCUCCGAGAAGGGCCACUGCAAAGCUAUCAAGGUGGCUGCUGCAAUCUCAGGGGUGGAGUCCGUGACGAUCGCCGGCGAGGACAAGAACCUGCUGCUGGUGAUCGGUGUCGGGAUCGACUCCAACCGCAUCACCGAGAAGCUGCGCCGCAAGGUGGGCCACGCCGAGGUGGUCGAGCUGCGCACCGUCGACGCCGCGGACGAGCUCGGCGGCGGCCUCGUCGUCGCCGGCGACCACGCCUACCGCUACCACCCGAGCCCGAGCCCCUACAAGCACGCGCCCGCCGCGCGCGACCACUACUACGCCGCCGCCGGCAGGGACCACCGCUACUACACCGGCGGCGGGUCGGCGUACGCGCCGCAGACGACGAUGGCCCCGCGGGUCGACUACUACUACGGCGGCGGUGGAGGGUACCCGGCGCAGUACCAGCAGCCGCACGACUACUUCUACACUCCGGCGGCCGCCAACACGCACACGGUGGUGCACCAUGAGUACGCGAGCGACCCCAACGGAUGCUCCGUCAUGUGAGGCGUGGUUGCCGGCCGGUUGCUGUGUUUGCCCUUUGCCGUGAUCUGAGAAUGAUGGACUUCCUUUUGCAUGCCAUCUGGUGUCGGUCGCUCGGUGACUCGAUCGGUGGCUAGUGUAAGAGUCACAAGCAGACACCCAAUUACUUUCUGGUUCCGUGUAACUAGUGUAGAGCAAGCAUUUGCGUGCGUGGCUGCCUGAACCUGUGUGUACAUACUCAAGCAACAAGCUUCAUACUACGAAUCCAAGCGCAAGCCUUACUGCUUGUCCUUCAGAGAUGAUGCUCGUGGUUGAACAGUGAUGCUUGGAGACCAAACUUUCAAAUGCGAAUUUUGAAUUCAAGAA